UCUUUCCCAGUUGAGCAAUCGCGCGCUCGGCCGACUGACAGAAAAAUGACAGAAUGGUUUCGCCGGUAAAUUCAUCGUAUGGUUCGCGACCUUGUAAGGUGACAGCGUAUGCAAAUUAUUACGCGAUAAUGCAAUGACAGGCGGAUUCUGCAUUUCUAUUUUGCAUAGAAAAAGCAAUUACAUAGAUCGAAGAUUAGUAAAAAGACGGAGUUGAAGCGAGAAAAAGCAGUCCCGCUUUCAGGGACGAAAAAUCGUAAGAAAAGGAAGAAAAAAGAGAGGAGAAUGCAACGUUAUUUAUUAUUGUGAGGCGAGGAAUAAGCAUUCCAGCCGGCUAAACGCUGCCGAUCCGGUUGAUUAUCGUAUGUCGCGAACCACGGACACGGUUCGAUAAUCUAACCUGCGAAACGCCUGAUUGCCGCCCGAGGGAAAAAGUUUCCGCAGCGAACCGACGUAAAAAUGUGAUUUUUCGCUCGCGCAAGCCUCUCGUGAUCCUCGCGUUUUCGCGAGGAAGUGAGAAGAGAAAAGCGCGAUGGAGAAUUACUCCGUGCGCAUCAAUUACCCGCAGACCGCGCGUAGUGGAGACCCCGGCGAGGACACGUCGUCCACGUCGCACGACACCUGUCAGCCGAAGCAGUACACGGAUCACGGGAGAAAGCGGGAGGACGUGAUCGUUUUGACAAGUGACACGAAGGGCGGCCUGUUCAAUCCCAGAGCGCUCCUCUUCCUCACCCUGUGGUAUGUCUUCAGCGGAUGUACCCUGUUUCUAAACAAGUACAUACUGUCCUAUAUGGAGGGUGACCCCACUAUUCUGGGUGCUUGUCAGAUGUUGAUGACCGCAAUUUGUGGACUAAUACAAAUGUAUUUUCCCUGUGGUAUGUACAAAGCAAGUCCAAGAUUAAUGAGGCCCCCUGGAUUUUACAAACACAUGACACUGGUAGGAUGCACGAGGUUUGCAACGGUAGUUCUGGGUCUAGUAUCGUUAAAUUAUGUAGCUGUAAGUUUCACAGAAACUAUAAAGAGUAGCGCACCACUUUUUACCGUCCUCAUCAGUAGAUAUUUAUUAGGGGAACACACGGGGUUGUAUGUAAAUUUAUCUUUAAUACCUGUAAUGGGUGGAUUGGCGUUAUGUUCCAUCAAUGAAAUCAGUUUUGAUCUUAGAGGAUUUAUUGCCGCUAUGGCGACAAAUGUAACUGAAUGCUUGCAAAAUGUGUAUUCGAAAAUGUUAAUCAGUGGUGACAAUUUUAAAUACACACCAGCAGAAUUACAGUUUUAUACCAGUUUAGCGUCAAUCGUCGUACAAAUACCAGUAUCGAUAUUAUUGGUCGAUCUACCUACACUCGAGCAUUCCCUGAGCUUUAAAUUAUUCGCGGCAUUCCUUCUCAACGGAGUGUUCUUCCAUUUUCAAAGUAUCACUGCUUAUGUACUUAUGGACUAUAUCAGCCCGGUAACACACAGUGUUGCUAAUACCGCAAAGAGAGCAUUUUUAAUAUGGCUCUCCGUUUUAUUAUUUAAUAAUCCGGUGACGGGAUUAUCGGCGCUCGGCACUUCCUCAGUUAUAGCGGGAGUGUUGCUGUACAAUCGGGCGCAAGAAUACGACAAGAUGAAUAGAACAAAGUUACGACACUCGUCGAAGAUCAAUUUACAGUAAGACAAGUUUUCAAACCAGGACAAGACGAGCAUCUAUACAUGUGAAGAAAGAAAUGUGUGUUAUCGCACCAAAUCUAUUGCAUAUUCAUAGUACAAAUAAUAUCCCGAAUUUUUAUACAGCAGUAUUUCAUUCAAGAAUGUGGGAUAAUAUACAUUACAAGCAUCAGAAAUAUGUUAAGAAAUGCUCAAUCGAAAAUUAUGUUUAUCAAAUCUAUCAAUUUUUUUGCUGUUUAUAAUUUCUAUGAUCUAAAAAUGUUGUUCUAAAAGAAUAAUAAAAUUAUUGUUUUUGAACUUAAGAUAUUUGCACAUAUUUAAAUAUGCCUGAUGCAAGUACAUAAAAACCCAAAAGAAAUUGGAAUGAGUAAUGUACAUGUGUCAAAAAGUAUUUGAUUAUUGUAUUAUAUUUCUAAUGUAAAUUUGAGAGAGUGGUGGAAUGUAAAAAUGUUUGAUAAAAAUAAAAUCUCUUUAUAUACAAUA